GACACACAGACAGCAUGGAGACAGCCAUCAAGAUGAAUAACGACGGUAUGGCGGCGAGCAGCUCUGAGCCACAGCCAGACCAGCAGCAGAAGACCGACAUUAGACAGCUUCCUGAUGUGAAUGCCAAACAGCCAAAGGAAAUCUUCCCCUUUGUGGGUGCCUAUCUUCCAAUUGUUCCUAUAGAAAUCCUUCCAAGUGAAAUAUAUAUGACUGCAAGCACAGGCACGACUCCAAACAUUGGUAGGGUUGAUCUUCCGCAUUCCUUAAACAUUAACGGCGGCACCACUUUCACAUUGGAUUCAAACAGAAUGACACCAGAUCGAGACUUAAGUGGCUUAUUUCCGACUCAAUACAUGGGUAUGAGACCGACCACAUAUUUUGGUCAAGGUCCAGGAGAAAGGUUCACAUUAACAGAUUUCUUCAAACCUACCAAUUACCCUGUAAGAUCUGAACCUCCACAUUUGGGCCUCACGGAUUUGCAUAAGAGUCAAGAUAUUACUAUGAGUCCAACCACAUACUUUGGUCAACAGCAAGGAAACAAGAUCGACGAAACAAGUUUCUUCAGGCAUCCAAACUAUCAUCAAAAAUUGACAGAUCCAAACCAGGACAGAGGGGGAUCUUCAAUGACCAGGGCUCCAAAUAUUAACAUGACACAGAACACACAUUCUGGCCAACAUCCAUGGAACAUUUUGCCCAUAGCACCUCCCAGAAUUAUGCCAAUUGGAUCCUUUUGGUACUUCCUUCCAGAAAGUGACAUGACUCCGGCAACACAUUCUGGUCAACAUUCAUCGAACAUUUCGCCCAUAACACCUCCCAGGUUGAUGCCAAGUGGAUCCUCUGGGCACUUCCUUCCAGACAUUAACAUGACUCCGGCAACACAUUCUGGCCAACAUUCGGGGAACAUUUCAUCCAUAACGCCUCCCAGCAUGAUGACAACUGGGUCCUCUGGACACUUUCUUCCAGAUAUUAACAUGACUCAAGAACCACAUUCUGGCAAACAUCCAUGGAACCUUCCUCCCAUAACACCUCCCAGAAUGAUGCCAAUUGGAUCCAAUUGGUACUUCCUUCCAGAAAGUAACAUGACUCUGGCAACAUAUUCUGGUCACCAUUCAUCGAACAUUUCGCCCAUAACACCUCCCAGAUAUUAA